UUUUUACGGCCAAACUUCGAACGGAAAAACUGGAGAACAAAAUGUACAGGUCGCCGGGAGAGAUGAUCGGUGUGCCGGCGUCAUCGUCGGAGCCGGGCGCGGUGGUUAGGGUUUGGCCGAGUUACUUCCCCGAUGUGGAGUUCGCCAUGGAUGAUCGUAGGUCCAAGCUGGUUACUGAGCUCGCGGGCUUCUUCUCGUCUCCCCAGGCCAAUCAUCUCAUCUCCCAGGUGCAAGAUGACUGUGGUCUCUUUUUUCUACAAGUGGAUAUCCAACAAUUCCGAAAAGUAUGUGGAGUUGAAGAAUUCUAUGCAGCUUUAGAGAUUGCACCUAAAGAAGCAUUGUUAUGCAUGGGUGCCGCAGUCCACAUGUCCCUGUUGUUGAAGGAAAAGAAUUGUCCAUUGGAGUAUACGGAGAAGAUAAACAUUCGCUUAUAUAACCACCCUGAUGCGAUGAUCACUUUGAAAAAUUUGAAAGCUGCAUAUAUUGGUAGGCUUGUUUCAGUGCGUGGGACUGUUGUCAAAGUGAGCACCGUCAGGCCUCUGGUGAUGCAAAUGAAUUUUUCAUGCGGGAAGUGUGGAUCUGUCAUUACGCGUGUAUUUCCUGAUGGAAAAUUUUCACCACCAAUGAUCUGCAGUGUUCAAGGAUGUAAAAGUAGAACUUUUACACCAAUAAGAUCUACUGCAAGGCCAAUUGAUUUUCAAAAAAUAAGGCUUCAGGAGAUACUUAACUCAGAAAGCCAUGAAGAAGGUCGGGUACCUCGAACUGUUGAAUGUGAACUGACUGAAGAUCUUGUUGAUUCAUGCAUCCCUGGCGAUGUUGUGACUGUUACUGGGAUUGUAAAAGUAAUCAACAAUUACAUGGAUGUUGGUGGAGGUAAGUCCAAAAACAAGAAUCAAGGGUUGUAUUACCUAUAUUUGGAGGCAGUUUCUGUACGGAACUCAAAAUCCCAGUCUGCUUCUGAAGAUAUGCAAGCUACCAAUUCUGAAGCUAGGGCAACAAUGCUGUUUGAUUUUCAUUCAUUUUCACCAAAGGAUUUGGAAUUUAUUGUUAAGUUUUUUGAGGAGCAUGGCUCUGACAUAUUCCGUCAAAUAAUUCAUUCCUUUUGUCCCUCCAUAUAUGGGCAUGAACUUGUUAAAGCUGGGAUCACACUUGCACUAUUUGGCGGUGUGCAAAAGCAUUCAAUGGAUCAAAACAAAGUACCUGUUCGAGGAGAUAUCCAUGUAAUCAUUGUUGGUGAUCCUGGAUUAGGUAAGAGCCAGCUUCUACAAGCAGCUGCCGCAGUUUCUCCCCGGGGAAUAUAUGUCUGUGGCAAUGCAACCACAAAUGCUGGUCUAACAGUUGCUGUUGUCAAGGAUUCUAUGACCAGUGAUUAUGCUUUUGAAGCAGGUGCCAUGGUGCUUGCAGAUCGUGGAUUGUGCUGUAUUGACGAGUUUGACAAGAUGUCUGCGGAACAUCAGGCCCUGUUAGAAGCUAUGGAACAACAAUGUGUCUCUGUUGCAAAGGCUGGAUUAGUAGCUAGUUUGUCCGCACGGACUUCUGUAUUAGCGGCUGCAAAUCCUGUUGGCGGUCAUUACAACCGUGCAAAAACUGUGAAUGAAAACCUGAAAAUGAAUGCUGCUCUUCUCUCAAGAUUUGAUUUGAUCUUCAUUUUGGUAGAUAAGCCAGAUGAACUACUGGAUAAGCGAUUAUCUGAUCAUAUCAUGGCAUUUCAUUCAGGAAAUGAGAAACAUCAGUUGCAGGCAAAGAAGCUCCGAAGAGUGUUUCAACAUGAUAGAGGUGUGGACUUUGGAGUGUCAAAUGGUUCUCUAGCUUCAAAACUGAGACUUCAUCCUGAGAAAGACAAAGACUUUGUUCCCUUACCGGGUUCUCUUCUCCGCAAGUAUAUUGCAUAUGCAAGAAACUUUGUCUUCCCUAGGAUGUCAAGACCAGCAUCUGAAAUUCUACAGAAGUUUUAUUUGCGAUUAAGAGACCAUAAUACUUCUGCUGACGGGACACCUAUAACGGCACGGCAGUUGGAAAGUCUGGUGAGGUUGGCGGAAGCUCGUGCUCGGUUGGAUUUAAGAGAAGAAAUCACUGCCCAAGAUGCUAUGGAUGUGGUCGAGAUAAUGAAAGAAUCAUUAUAUGACAAAUACGUAGACGAGCAUGGCCAUGUGGAUUUUGGUCGGAGUGGUGGGAUGAGUCAACAGAAGGAAGCCAAAAGAUUUUUAAGUGCCCUUCAUAAGCAAUCUGAGUUGCAGCAAAAGGAUUGUUUUUCGAUUUCAGAGAUAUACAGUUUGGCUGAUAAAAUUAGCCUUCGAGUUCCCGAUAUUGAUACUUUAGUGGAAAACUUGAACAGUGUUGGUCAUCUACUAAAGAAAGGACCAAGGAUGUAUCAGGUCUUGUCAUCAUCUUACAGUCAAUCAUCAAGAUCAAGAUGCUAACAUGCCUUAUCCAACUCCUCAUGAUUUUUAAUCUGUUUAGCCUCAUGAAUGUAUGUCAUCUUGCUGCAAGCUGAUGAUAGAUGAUUCCUAACUUUUAAAGGACUAAAGAUAUUGCAAAAUAAUCGGCACCAGAAAUGACAUUUCUGCAAGAAUUAUACUCACUAGCCAACAUUGUACAUAUAACAGCUGAUACUUUUGAGAAGACA